UUUAGAGAGAUUUGCGAGUCAGCUCUCAACGUUCAGUCGAAGAGCCGAUUCAAAGAGUCGACUCAUUCCCAAACAACACAUCACCUGUUGUGAUCAGACAAACACACGACUCCUUCUUCCUAAAGUGAAAGAGUUUUUCUCUCAGCCUCAACUACAUUUUGUGGAGCGAUUGGAAAAGUCAAGAAAAUAGGGCAGAAACGGAGGUAUUAAUGUCACACAAGGACCGUUGACUAAAGGGGUGUGAUCCAUUCCAUCAGAAGAGAUCAGACUCUUCAGGACUCAGCUGUGUAUUUGUGUAAACUUUACUAAUUUAAUAUAAGGAUGGAGACUCCUGAUCUGGACACAGAUAAUGUUUCUACACCAUCAAACAACUGUAAACUCCAGAGAAAGAGAUCAGAAUCACCAACACACAGCUGUAUCUCCAUGAAGAGUGAUCGGUCUAUGGGGGUCCCUCUGGUGUUUAAAGAUGGAGACUCAUCACUUCUACACAGUGUUCUACAGAAGACAGGAAACAGAACAGAAACAAAGGUCACAGAUACAGGGCACAACAGAGAAACUGCUGCUUUAAAUGAAUUCCAGAAAAAGUUCAAAUUAAGUAUGAUGAAGAAGUUUCAGUGUUUGAAUGGAGUGAUAAUAAACCUGGGAACCCAAACACUCCUGAAUGAGAUCUACACAGAGCUCUACAUCACAGAGGGAGACAGUGAAGUCAAUAAUGAACAUGAGGUGAGACAGAUCGAGGCAGCAUCCAGGAGAACAACAACAGAGGAAACACCAAUCAAAUGCAAUGACAUCUUUAAGCCUUUAUCUGAACAAGACAAACCCAUCAGAACUGUGCUGACAAAGGGAGUCGCUGGCAUCGGAAAAACAGUCUCUGUGCAGAAGUUCAUUCUGGACUGGGCUGAAGGGAAAGUAAAUCAGGACGUCCACCUCAUAUUUCCACUUCCUUUCAGAGAGCUGAACUUGAUGAAGGACCAGAAACUGAGUCUGAUGGAGCUCCUUCAUGUCUUUUUUAAGGAAAUAAAAGAAACAGAAAUGUCCAGUUUGGAAAAGGUUCUGUUCAUUUUUGACGGAUUGGACGAGUGUCGUUUUCCUCUAGAUUUCCAGAACACAGUGAGAGUGUGUGAUGUAACUGAAUCAGCAUCAGUGCCUGUGCUGCUGAUAAACCUGAUCAAAGGGAAUCUGCUUCCCUCUGCUCUCAUCUGGAUCACCUCCAGACCUGCAGCAGCUGAUCAAAUCACCUCUGAGUGUGUGGAUCGAGUCACAGAGGUACGAGGGUUCAAUGACCCACAGAAGGAGGAGUACUUCAGGAAGAGGAUCAGUGAUCAGAGUCUGGCCAAUAACAUCAUCACACACCUGAAGUCAUUAAGAAGCCUCUACAUCAUGUGUCACAUCCCAGUCUUCUGCUGGAUUUCAGCCACUGUUCUAGAGAUAAUGUUUUGUGAAGCAAAGAGUAGAAAGAUCCCCAAGACUCUGACUCAAAUGUACACACACUUCCUCAUCAUUCAGACAAACAUCAUCAGAGAAAAAUACUCAAAGAAGCAGGAGAGUGAUGAAGAAAUGCUCCUUAAACUGGGACAACUGGCUUUUCAUCAGCUGAAGAAAGGGAACCUGAUCUUCUAUGAUGAAGACCUGAGAGAGUGUGGUAUUGAUGUGAGAGAAGCAGCAGUGUACUCAGGUGUGUGUACUCAGAUCUUCAGAGAGGAGUUUGGGCUUCACCACAGUAAAGUGUACUGCUUUGUUCAUCUGAGCAUUCAGGAGCAUCUCGCAGCUCUGUAUGUACACCUGACCUUCAUGAAGGAGAAGAGAAAUGUUCUUAAACAGAAUCAAGAUUCUAAACAUUGGAUGAAAAAAAAUACAAUCUCAGAUGUACACAAGAUUGCUAUAGAUCAGACUUUACACAGUCAGACUGGACAUCUGGAUCUUUUCCUUCGCUUUCUUCUGGGUCUCUCACUGAAGUCCAAUCAGAAACUUUUACAUGUUUUAGUAACAAAGACAGGAAGUAGCUCCCAGAGCAUAAAGGAAACUGUUCAGUACAUUAAGGAGAAGAUCAGUGAAGCUCUUCCUACAGAGAAAUCCAUCAAUCUGUUCCACUGUCUGAAUGAACUGGGUGAUUAUUCUCUAGUGAAGGAAAUCCAACACUACCUGAAAUCUGGAAAACAAAGUGAACUUUCUUCUUCACAGUGGUCUGCUCUGGUGUUUGUGUUACUGACAUCAGCACAGGAGCUGGAUGAGUUUGACCUGAGUAAAUAUACCAGUACAGAUAAGGUAACAGAAGAUGUUGUUGAUGAUGCCUACUUAGAUAUUCUGGAAACUACCAGAAGUCCUGAGUUAUUGGGUUGUGGUAUCUCAGUUGAAGACUGUGCUUCUCUGACUUCAGCUCUGAGUUCAAACCCCUCACACCUGAGAAACCUGGAUCUGACUGAGAAUAAUCUAGAAGACUCAGGAGUGAAGAGUCUCUCUGCUGUACUGGAGAAUCCUCACUGUAAACUGGAGAUACUGAGUAUCAGCUGUAAUUCACUUGGAGUAAAAAGUUGGUCAUCUCUAGUCUCAGCGCUCAGAUCAGAAACCUCCAAUCUGAGAGAACUUCAUCUGACUGUGACAACACUGGAUCUGUCUGGGAAUAAACUAGGAGACUCAGGAGUGAAGAUUCUCUCUGCUGGACUGGAGAAUCCUCACUGUAAAGUGGAGACACUGAAGUUGUGUAAGUGUGGUAUCUCAGAUGAAGACUGGGCUGUUCUGACUUCAGCUCUGAGAUCAAACCCCUCACACCUGAGAGAACUGAAUCUGUCCUGGAAUAAAUUAGGAGACUCAGGAGUGAAGAUUCUCUCUGCUGUACUGGAGAAUCCUCACUGUAAACUGGAGACACUUUGGUUGCGUGAUUGUGGUGUCUCAGAUGAAGGCUGUGCUGCUCUGACUUCAGCUCUGAGAUCAAACCCCUCACACCCGAGACACCUGGAACUGUCCCAUAAUAAUCUAGGAGACUCAGGAGUGAAGAGUCUCUCUGCUGUACUGGAGAAUCCUCACUGUAAACUGGAGACACUGGGGUAAGAUCAUAUAUUAAAACAUUAAUAAUAAAUCAUG